AUGCGCGAGUGGGUACAUCACUCACGCGCCAACAUGAUCAGCUGUACUACUAGUCUCUUCUCUAAAAACUAUUUUUAAUCAUCAGAGUUUAGGCCUGUUUUCAAACAACAAAGUAAAUCUUGCAGGCCUUGUAUUAAUAAUCAGUUAAUGCUGUAAAAUGCAUACAAGUGUCAAACGUGUGCUUGCAUCCAAAUCCUCCAAAAAGUCCAGUACUCAGACAACUAUCAGCAGAUUCUUCACAAGUGCAAGCGAUCAAUCUCAACCAGUUGACCAACCUGGGAUUAACUUCCAAGACCGACGCCAUGAGGGCAGAGGAAAGAAGAGGUUACGUGAUGGAGGAAUGUCCUCAGAGAAACGACCCAAACUCUCUCACAAUGUGGAGGAGGACAGAGAUGAAGACUGCAUGGAGACCCACAGCACCUAUAAGAUGGUAUCCCCUAGAGCCAGUGUCAGCCAUGCCACCCUGACGAGACUUAAAGAUUUCAGCUGCCCAGGGAACUCAGAGAGCCGAGUCUCCGAUCAGGGUAUAAAGAUGGAGGUGGAGCUUUCAGACUCUGGAAAAGCUGAGAGAUCUGCCAUGCAGCAACAUGAUACUAUCAUGAAAAACAACUUAUCUGAGUUGGUGGAGGAGGUUAAAGAAGAGCCUAUUAAAAUUAAACAGGAGCUUUCCUUUAGUCAGUUUGCUAAGAAUACUGUGAUCAGGAAAAGUUCAGAAGAGCCUGGCGUUCCCAACAGGAGAACCAAGACCAUAUACACUCCUCUAGAGGAACAGUACAUGGAGAUCAAAAAGCAACAUGUGGACACAGUGCUUUGCGUUGAGUGUGGCUAUAAGUACAGGUUCUUUGGUGAGGAUGCAGAGAUUGCUGCAAAGGAACUCAAUAUCACUUGUCAUCUGGACCAUAACUUCAUGACGGCCAGCAUCCCUACUCAUCGCCUGUUUGUGCAUGUUCGCCGACUGGUCUCUCAGGGUUACAAGGUAGGUGUAGUGAAACAGACCGAAACUUCAGCCAUCAAGGCCUCCAGCACCAACAAGAGUUCUCUCUUCACACGGCAACUUCAUGCACUUUACACCAAAUCCACGCUUGUGGGAGAAGAUGUGAAUCCUCUGCUGAAGCUGGGAGAUUUGGAGCAGGCUGAAGAUGUGGUGCAGGACAGUGGCAACAACUAUCUAAUGUGUGUGAGCGAGAGUUUUGAUAAACAGAGCAAGGAGCUGACCGUAGGGAUGGUGGUGGUCCAGCCAAGCAUCGGGGACGUGAUGGUGGACUGUUUUAAAGAUAAUGUGGCCCAUUCAGAGCUGGAGUCCAGGGUACUUAAAAUACAACCAGUAGAGAUCCUGGUGCCUUCAGACCUCUCAGAGACAACUGAGAGGUUAUUACGCAACAUUGCUCUGUCCAGUGUCCAAGCAGAUGACCGAAUUCGCAUUGAGAAACGAGAAAGUGCCAUGUUUGAAUACCCAACUGCGAUGAGAAUUAUCAAAGACUUCUACAGAGACACCCCUCAUCCAGCUGUGGAAAACCAGGGAAAGGGUUCCUACUCCCUCUGUGUGGGUCUGGAGAGCCCGAUUAUCUGCUGUCUUGGUCCUGUGAUCCAGUAUCUGGCUGAGUUUAAGCUAGACAAGAUUUUAAUGUGUUCCAGCUCAUUCAAGCGGCUGUCGAGUGAUGCUGACCAUAUGCUGCUCAGUGCUGCUACCAUGAAGAACCUGGAAAUCCUGUGCAACCAGACCACAGGUUCAGUAAAAGGCAGUCUGCUCUGGGUUCUGGAUCACACUCAGACUCCAUUUGGGAAGAGACUGUUAAGAAAGUGGGUGAGCCAGCCGCUGAAAUCUGUGAUUGAUAUCCAGGCUCGUCAGGAGGCAGUGGCAGAAAUUUUGUGUUCUGAAUCCAGUGUCCUUCCCUCUCUUCAGUCUUUGCUAACUCGUCUGCCCGACCUCGAGAGAGGACUUUGCAGUAUCUACCACAAGAAAUGCUCUACUCAGGAAUUUUACCUCAUCACCAGCACUCUCUCUCGUCUGAGCACUGAGCUUCAAGCCCUAAUGCCUGCCAUCCAAUCACAGCUCAGCUCUGCCCUUCUAAAGAACCUCCUACUGGACACACCUCAGCUUCUAAGCCCCGCCCACAACUUCUUGAAAGUACUGGAUGAGAAAGCCGCAAAGACGGGUAAUAAGACAGAAAUGUUUGUGGAUCUGACUGACUUCCCAGUGAUCCAGAACAGAAAAGAGGAGAUCCAGAGUGUCCUAUCAGACAUAAUGGAACACCGGCGAGAGGUUCGGCUGGUGUUAAAAAAACCGUCUUUGGAUUAUACAACAGUGUCUGGCCAGCAGUUUCUCAUUGAAGUAAAGAACAGUAUGUCAUCCAUAGUCCCGUCAGACUGGGUCAAAAUCAACAGCACUAAGGUUGUUGGCCGCUAUCACACUCCAUUCAUUGUGGAGAAACAUCGGUGCCUGCAGCAACUACGUGAGCAGCUGGUUAUUGACUGCAAUCACGAGUGGAUCAGUUUCCUUCAGCUAUUUGGGGACCAUUACUACAUCCUGAGGAAAGCAGUGUGUCACCUAGCAACCAUGGACUGCCUCUUCUCAUUGGCCCAGGUUGCUAAAGAAAAUAAUUACUGCAGGCCUGAGAUUCUUGAAGAUAAAAGUCAGAUUUUGAUCACAGCCGGCAAGCAUCCGGUCAUCACCUCGCUGAUGGGAGAUCAGGAUCAAUAUGUCCCCAAUGACACUCACUUACAGGGGGAUGGCAAGCGAGCCAUGAUCAUCACUGGGCCCAACAUGGGUGGCAAAAGCUCUUACAUUCGUCAAGUUGCCCUGGUGACCAUCUUGGCACAGCUGGGAUCUUUUGUUCCCGCCAGAGAGGCGUCAGUGGGCAUUGUAGACGGCAUAUAUGUCAGAAUGGGCGCAUCUGACAACAUCUCAAGGGGCAGGAGCACCUUUAUGGAGGAGCUUGUGGAAGCAUCAGAUAUUUUGGCUCAUGCCACGUCCCGCUCCUUGGUCAUCCUGGAUGAACUGGGUCGAGGCACCAGCACUCAUGACGGCAUCGCUAUCGCCUAUGCUACCCUAGAGUCCUUCAUCAAAGAUGUGAAGUGUCUGACGUUGUUUGUGACCCACUACCCUCCGUUGUGUGAGCUGGAGCACUUGUACCCGCAGCAUGUGGGAAAUUACCACAUGGCUUUCCUGCUCAAUGAGCCAGAGAGCACUUCUGAUGAGGAGGAGAUGCACCCAGAGUUCAUCACGUUUCUCUAUCAGCUGAUUGAAGGCGCAGCCGCCAGGAGCUACGGGCUAAAUGUAGCACGUCUGGCUGAAAUCCCAGAGUCCAUCCUCAGGACCGCUGCAUUCAAGUCCAAAGAGUUGGAGGCUCUCGUGAACAGCCGGAGGAAUAUGGUGAGACUGUUAUCUGAUGCCUGGAGUGUCAUCAACAAGGAAACAUUGCUGAAUUGGAGAAAGUGUAGUUCCUAAUAAUAGUGCGACGGGUUUUUCCCCAUAUGAUGACGGUUAAAAACCCUCAAAAAAACAAACACUGAAUAUCAUGUAUUUAAAUACACAAUGCAUUUCUUCACCUGUUUUAACUUUAACUUAAAACAGUAGAUCUUACAACUUCAAACAUGUUGUCUUUAUAUAGGCUCUCAUAUCCAGGUGCUUUGACCAAAAAAUUUGUCAAUAUAUGUUUGACUGUAUGGAGAAAAAAAAAAUGUAAUGUGGUGUUUACAUUGAUUAAACUGGAUAUCAAACAUC